AUGUCAAAACAACCAACGACAUUACGUGCGUCUGAUCAUCAUAUUGACGGUCGGCCUCAUGUUUUGCUGGCAUGCACUGGUUCAGUCGCUACAAUCAAGAUACCUCUGAUUAUUGAAGCUCUUUCCCACCAUGACAUAUCGAUGCGAUUGAUACUAUCCUCCUCGGCCAGUCAAUUUCUCCAAGGACAAUCCGCAGAACAGCCUUCUGUAUCUUCACUCCUCAAGAUACCCAACCUUGAGGCUGUUUACACAGACGAGGAUGAGUGGUCUCAACCAUGGACUCGCGGUGCAGACAUUCUGCACAUCGAGCUCAGACGCUGGGCAGACAUAAUGAUAAUAGCUCCUCUUUCUGCUAAUUCAAUGGCGAAAAUGGUCGCUGGCAUGGCGGACAGCUUAGUCAUGUCUGUGGUACGUGCUUGGGAUACUACUGCUAUACUGGAUGCUCGACGGCCAAAUCUACCAUCAUCACUACGUACAUCAACAGGGAAGAAGCCCUUGUUGGUUGCUCCAGCCAUGAACACUGCCAUGUGGGCACAUCCUGUCACGGAGAAGCAAGCUGCUGUACUAGAGCAAGAAUGGGGUAUAGAUUCUGGAGGUUGGAUCCGACUCAUCAGACCUGUUGAGAAAGAACUGGCUUGUGGUGACACAGGAGCAGGUGCCAUGCGCGAGUGGAAAGACAUUCUUGCCAUCGUCCGGCAAUACCUGGAUGUAGAAGCUUCUGGUACCACCGCAGCUAUCAAACGAUAA